AGUGGCAGGAUCAGGGAGCUGGGUUCCAAAGGAGCAGGGAUGCAGAACAGAACCUGUCUAGUGCUCUGUGCCUUUGCCCUCCUGAUGGGCUUCCUGAUGAUCUGCCUGGGGGCCGUCUUCAUUUCCUCGGGCUCCCAGUUCAGCUGCCAGGGGAACCUGAUCCUGGCCUAUUUGCUUCUGCCUCUGGGGUUUGUGAUCCUUCUGAGUGGGAUUUUCUGGAGCACCUACCGCCAGGCCAGUCAAAGCAAAGGGGUGUUCAACCAUGUGCUCAGACAGUUCCGUGCUCAGGGGGCCCUGCCCCUGGCCACAGUGGACAGGCCAGAUUUUUAUCCUCCUGCGUAUGAAGAGAGUCUUGAUGCUGAAAAGCAAGCUUGUCCUGCAGAACGAGAGACCUCAGGUGUUCCUCCACCUCCGUAUACAGAGCUGGGCCUCGAAUUUGAGGAUGACGGCGAUGCCCACCCGGAGGUCCCACCAUCCUAUGACGAGUGUGUAGCAGACAGAGUGAUGGCAGCAACGCCGCUGCAGGAUGCUGAAAGGCAAAGCCGAGAGUGCUGAAGCAGGGCACGCUCUCCAGCCCUCAUGACGCACCCUCAUGGGAUGUACCUGCUAAUAAUAAACGCAGGCAGGCACUGUGGCAGGAAAGGCCACACCGCUGACCCCACGUUGAGCGCUCGCAGAGGGGAUGCUGUGUGUGACCGCAGUGCAAUUCCACACAUGUGCUUGGCCUACAAGGGCAGAGUGGGGGCCUUGGAAGGGGGUGGUUGGCACCAGGCAAACAUUUCAAAGGAUUUGCACUAAACCCAACCCAGGUGAGCUUUUAGACUGCAAAAGUGUUGUUGUGAGAGCUCUGCUCCAUAGAGGGCCUUUCUGCUUUCCCUCAACUCCUCUCCCAUCACCUCAACCCUUAAUAGGGAGGAAGAGAUGCUGCUUGGACACUACGUGCCUUCAUGUACUACAUUACCUAUAAUCACAAAGGGAAAGCAUGCUGGCAGUGAAGAGUCAUUACUGUUUAAAUUGUGGGUUCUUCUGGCUUGUUUCAUAGUUACCCUCAUUUAUUGUAUUACCAGAGUGACACAGUAAUUCACAUUGUAAGAGAUUCGCCCCUGGGACCCA